CGUCGACGGAAGUUAACUUUGCCGCCAGAGCGGGAAGACCGUCCUGCAGUUACACAUGUCAACAAACGGGUUCUCCGCUCCGCUGCUUGUUAGCAGAAGCUCUAUCAUAGUUCGGAUAUAACACGUAGAAACUUUGACCGUGGUAUAUUUAGACCGGAGUUUAUCUUAACACCAGCCGAUAUAUAAGAGUCAGGAGUCAUGCAGGCCUUUUUGAAGGGAGCGACUGUUCAGACUACGAGACCUCAGAAAGACAAGACAGCAGGGCCCAGCACAGAGAAGAAAACCAAGGCUGUUCCUUGGGUAGAGAAAUACAGGCCAAAGUGUGUCGAUGAGGUGGCCUUUCAAGACGAGGUGGUGGCAGUGCUUAAGAAGUCUCUGGAGGGAGCAGAUCUUCCCAACUUGCUUUUCUAUGGCCCUCCUGGAACAGGAAAGACCUCCACCAUCUUAGCUGCUGCCAGAGAACUUUAUGGUCCAGAGCUGUACAGACAGAGGGUCCUGGAGCUCAAUGCCUCUGAUGAACGAGGCAUCCAGGUUGUCAGAGAGAAGGUCAAGAACUUUGCUCAGCUCACCGUGGCUGGGACACGCCCAGAUGGGAAGCCAUGUCCUCCUUUUAAGAUCAUCGUGCUUGAUGAGGCAGACUCCAUGACGGCACCAGCUCAGGCUGCUCUCAGACGGACCAUGGAGAAGGAAUCGCGCACCACCCGCUUCUGUCUCAUCUGUAACUACAUCAGCAGGAUUAUUGAACCUCUGACCUCCAGAUGUUCCAAAUUUCGCUUCAAACCUCUAGCCAAUCAGAUCCAAGAAGAGCGCCUGCUGAUGAUCUGUGACAAGGAGAACCUCAAGUACACCAAAGAGAGUAUAGCAGCGCUGGUGAAGGUGUCUGAAGGAGAUCUGCGGAAAGCCAUCACCUUCCUCCAGAGCGCUGCGCGCCUCAACGUCGACAGGGAGAUCACAGAGCGUGCUGUAAUAGAAAUAGCAGGGGUUGUGCCUCCCAAGAUGAUAGACAACUUACUCCAGAUCUGCUUCAAAGGAACAUUUGAGAAACUAGAGGUUGCAGUCAGAAACAUGGUGGAUGAAGGCUAUGCAGCCACACAGAUCCUGAGUCAGCUCCAUGAAUCUAUCAUAGAGCAGGACCUGAGUGAUAAGGAGAAGUCGGCCAUCACAGAGAAGAUGGCGGUUGUGAGUAAGUGUCUGUCAGAUGGAGCAGAUGAGUACCUGCAGAUGUUGAGUCUCUGUUCAGUCAUCAUGCAGGAAACAUCCCAGAACAACUAAAACUCCACAAAGCAGUGUCUCUUCCCUGAGGAGAGAGACUGUCAUCUGCUUCCAACAGGACCAACAGCCCCACUGAGACAUGACCACUUCACUCGGCUUAAACUGAGUUUGUUCAGAGUUGCAGUUUUGGACAUCAUAUCGAUCAAGGGACACCACAUGAUAGUGGUGUUGUUUACUGCCAGACACUCGACUCCUCGGUGAGCUCUUCUGUAAAUUAGACCAUAUGAACACGCUUUCAGAAUUUCUACUGCUGUCAGAUCACCAUUCAGAUGUCUCUUUAUUCCAUUUCAUUGAUGUAACUACUUACCAACCAAUCUAUGUACAUUUUCUGAAUUUUGGCAAAUAAAUAUUUUUCUCUAGA